UCUGAAUUUCGAUUAAAAUCGGACCCAGAAAGAGUUGCUCUUCCAACCGUCGCAGAGCGUGAACAUAAUUCUCUUGUGGGCAUUCCAUUUCAUCUUACUAAGACAAAGGGCACUUCAAGCUUUGGCAAACGCCAUACAAAGACCCACACUCUGUGCCGUCGUUGUGGAAGGCGUGCAUUCCAUAACCAAAAGAAAACAUGUGCUCAGUGCGGGUAUCCAUCGGCCAAGACAAGAAGUUAUAAUUGGUCUGUAAAAGGCAAACGUAGGAAGACAACGGGAACAGGCAGAAUGCGAUAUUUGAAACAUGUUUCUCGACGAUUCAAGAAUGGCUUCCGUGAAGGUUCCAUGACCAAGAAGAAGCCAUCAGUAGCCUCUAUGGAUACCAGUUAA